AUGGCUCCCAAGAAGAAGGGAAACAAGAGACAGGAGGAGGACUGGGAGGCCGAUCUUGGCGAGUCUGCCCCUGCUGUCGAAGCUCCUCCCGCCGACGAGGCCCAGGAAGACAAUGAGGAGGCACCCGUUGGUGGCCUGAUGGCUGCCCUGAGAAAGAACAAGGCCAAGAAGGCUAAGAAGGGCAAGCAAACCAACGACUUUGUCGAGGGUGAGGAUGCCAGCGCUGGCAAUGACUUGGCCAGCAAGGAGCCCGAAGAGGGCAACUUCGAUGAUGACGAUGUCUUCGCCGGAAAGCAGACUAAGCCCAUCAAGGAGAUCGUCAAGCCUGCAGCGGAAGAGCCAGAGGCUGGCGAGUUCCGUGUGAAGAGUAAGAAGGAGAAGGAGCGCGAGAAGAAGGAGAAGGAGAAGCAGCGCAAGAAGGAGCAGGCCGCUACAAAGAAGAAGCUCACCCCGGCCCAAGAAAAGGCCGAGGCCAAGAAGACAGCUGCUGCUGAGUCUAAGAAGGACGAGCCCGCCGCCGCCGCCCCUGCUCCUGCCGCCGAUACUGGCAAGAAGAAGAAGCUCCCUCCCCACUUGGCUGCCUUGCAGAAGCAACAAGAACUUCUCCGUCAGCAGCGCGAGGAGGAAGAACGCCUUGCCGCAGAGGAAAAGGCUGCUGCUGCUAAGCAAAAGCUUCUUGAUGACGAGGAAGAGAAGAAGCGGGCUGAGAUUCGCGAGCGUAAGAAGGAGAAGGAGCGCGAGAAGAAGGAGCAAUUGCGCAAAGAAGGCAAGCUUCUUACCAAGGCUCAAAAAGAGGCUAAGGAGCGCAACGAACUCCGCAUGCAACAGAUGCUCGCUGCUGGCAGCAAGGUCGCUGGUCUGGAUGAUACCGGUGACAAGAAGCGCCCCGUCUAUGACCAAAAGAAGAAGAAGGCUGCCAAGAAGAAGGAGGAGGACGACCUCGAGGCUGCUGCUGCUCGUGCUAAGGCUCAGCGAGAGGCUGAGGAUGCCCGACGCCAAAAAGAAGCCGAAGAGAAGGCCAAGGCCGAGGCCGCCGCCGCCCCCGAAGACGAUGGCGCUCUUGACGACUGGGAGACAGCUGCCAACGAAGAUAAUGUCAAGGACAGCUGGGAUGCCGAGACAGACGAGGAGGAGGUGGAGGAGAAGCCCGCGGAGACACCUGCAGCCAAGAAGGAAGAUGCCAAGGAAGAGUCUGAGUCUGAAUCUGACUCUGACGACUCUGACGACUCUGACUCCGAAGAUGAGGAGCAGUCUGCCAACCAGCGCGCUAUUGCGGCCAGAAAGGCCGAGGCCGCAGAGCGCAGAAAGAAGCAGCACGAGGAGGCUUUGGCUGCUCGCUCCAAGGAUGAUCUUCGCUCUCCCAUUUGCUGUAUUCUUGGUCACGUCGAUACUGGUAAGACUAAGCUGCUUGACAAGAUUCGUCAAACCAAUGUCCAGGAGGGUGAAGCCGGUGGUAUUACCCAGCAGAUUGGUGCUACUUACUUCCCCGUCGAUGCCCUGCGCACCAAGACCAACGUUGUCAACAAGGACGGCAAGUUCGAGUUCAAGAUUCCUGGUCUGCUGAUCAUCGAUACCCCCGGUCACGAGUCUUUCUCCAACUUGCGUUCCAGAGGUUCCUCGCUUUGCAACAUCGCCAUUCUUGUUGUUGAUAUCAUGCACGGUCUUGAGCCCCAGACUCUCGAGUCUAUGCGAUUGCUUCGUGACCGCAAGACUCCUUUCAUUGUCGCAUUGAACAAGAUCGAUCGUCUCUACGGCUGGAAGAAGAUUGACAACAAUGGCUUCGAGGACAGUUUGAACAUGCAAAACAAGGGCGUCCAGAACGAGUUCCGCACUCGUCUUGACGCUACCAAGCUUGCUUUCGCCGAGCAGGGUUUCAACUCCGAGCUCUUCUUCGAGAACAAGUCCCUUUCUCGCAAUGUCUCUCUCGUUCCCACCUCCGCUCACACUGGUGAGGGUGUUCCCGACAUGCUUAAGCUCCUGACUAGCUUGACCCAGGAGCGUAUGACCAACUCUCUGAUGUACCUGUCCGAGGUUGAGUGUACAGUUCUUGAAGUCAAGGUCAUUGAGGGUCUCGGUACCACCAUUGAUGUUGUCCUUUCCAACGGUAUUCUUCGUGAGGGUGAUCGUGUUGUAAUGUGUGGCCUCAACGGACCAAUCACAACCAAUAUUCGUGCGCUUUUGACCCCAGCGCCGCUCAAGGAGCUGCGUCUGAAGUCUCAGUACGUUCACAACAAGGAGGUCAAGGCCGCUCUUGGUGUGAAGAUUGCUGCCAACGACUUGGAACACGCCAUUGCCGGUUCUCGUAUGAUGGUCGUCGGCCCUGACGAUGAUGAGGAGGAUCUUGAGGACGAGGUCAUGUCUGAUCUUGAGAACCUGUUGAGCCGUGUCUCUACCGAUCAGCGCGGUGUCACUGUCCAGGCUUCCACUCUGGGUUCCCUUGAGGCUCUGUUGGAGUUCCUGAAGGUCUCCAAGAUCCCUGUCGCCAACAUCUCCAUUGGUCCCGUCUACAAGCGUGAUGUCAUGAUGGCUGGAACCAUGCUUGAGAAGAACAAGGAAUAUGCUGUCAUGCUUUGCUUCGAUGUCAAGGUCGAUAAGGAUGCACAGGCUUACGCCAACGACAUUGGUGUCAAGAUCUUCACUGCAGACAUUAUUUACCACUUGUUCGAUAACUUCACUGAGCACAUGGCGCAACUCACAGAGCAGCGCAAGGAGGAGGCUAAGCUCCUCGCUAUCUUCCCCUGUGUCAUCAAGCCCGUUGCUGUCUUCAACAAGACUGACCCCAUUGUCAUUGGUGUUGAUGUUCUUGAAGGAAGUUUGCGUCUCCAUACUCCUCUCGCUGCCAUCCGGACCAAUUCCGCUGGUGUGAAGGAGAUUGUCGAAAUUGGCAGAGUCACAUCCAUUGAGCGUGAUCACAAGGCAGUACCUGUCUGCAAGCGCGGUCAGCCCUCUGUCGCCGUCAAGGUCGAAGGUCCCAACCAGCCCAUGUACGGCCGUCACCUCGAAGAGAAGGAUCAACUUGUCUCGCGUAUCUCGCGUGCCAGUAUCGACACACUGAAGGAGUUCUACCGAUCCGAAGUCUCCAUGGAAGAAUGGGCUCUUGUCAAGCGACUCAAGCCCGUUUUCGACAUUCCUUGA